AACAUGUUUUCUCCACAAGCAAGAAAUCUACAGUAACAAGCUACUGUUUCAGAUGGAAAUUGAGUUAUAUUUUCUGUGUGCAAUGCACCUAAAGAAGCUGUCGAAAACACACGUCAAUCCCCACAGCCGACCUCUUCACAUCCACCACUACUGGAGCUGUCCUGAAAAGAACGAGAACAUGUUUGCACCCUCUCCUGUUGCCAUCUGUAUCCUCUUGCUGUGUGUGUUGUGAUCAGAGUGAGCUUGGUUGCCAUCUGUUGUAGGUGGCAAUUCCAUUGAUGUCAAAGAUAUGCUAUAUCUAAGUCCUAGAUUCUUCCUCACCUGCUAGGGUUCUCUGUCCUGAGAGCCAAGAAUUAUAGUUCCUGCAAUGAGUAGCGUUUGGUGGUCAAGUAACGUAGGAGAUGGUUGCCAUGCAGUGGCAGUCGCCCAGAGCUCCUCGUCUUCGCUCUCGGAGCAGUCAUGGAGGUGGUGCCUCCCCUCACCACUCAUCUCCUCAACAAAUUUCAGAGUGACUCCGUUCCAUCAGAGUCUUCUCCGAGCAGCAGGAUGAGCCCUGCAGUCCUCUUCAUCGUUGUCGUCCUCGCGGUCCUACUCUUCAUCUCCGGUCUCUUGCACUUUAUCCUCAGAUGCUUCAUCAGGAAGCGCCACCCUCGCCCCUCCUCAUCCCGCUCCGCCCCGGAGCUGUCGGGCUCCGACGCGCUCCAGCGCCAGCUCCAGCAGCUGUUCCAUCUCCACGACUCCGGCGUGGACCAGGCCCUCAUCGACGCCCUGCCCGUCUUCCUGUACAAGGACGUGGUCGGCUCCAAGGAGCCGCUCGAGUGCGCCGUCUGCUUGUGCGAGUUCGACGGGGAGGACGAGCUCCGGCUGCUGCCCGUCUGCGGUCAUGCCUUCCACCUCAGCUGCAUCGACACGUGGCUGCUCUCCAACUCCACCUGUCCGCUCUGCCGGGGGUCGCUCUUCCUACAGGGCAUGGCGGUCGAGGACCCGGUGUUCUUCUAUCUCGGGGACUCGACUGACGAGGGAGAAGCUUCCCCUGCGGAGAGAGCGGCGGCGGUGGCGGCGGCGGACGAAGGGGACGAGAUUGCGGCCGACAGGAGGAGAGUGUUCCAUGUGAGGCUUGGCAAGUUCAGGAACCUGGGUAAUGGAAACGUUGGUGGUGACUGUAAUGAGGACAGUAGCAUCGCCAUUGGCAGUGUGAGAAGAGAGGAAGGGGAGACCAGCAGCAGUAGCUUGACUGCAAGGAGGUGCUUCUCCAUGGGCUCUUAUCAGUAUGUGGUUGCUGAUGCCCAAUUGCAAGUGGCUCUCAAGGGCUGUUCUGCUCUGAGGAAUGGAGAUGGAAGAGGAAUCAGAGGAACUGAUGCAAGAGGUAAUUCUCCAGGAAAUGAGGCUGUGGAGGGCGAAAGACUAAGUAUUGAAAGCAGGCACGAAAGCUUCUCAGUGUCAAAAGUCUGGCUAUGGUCUAAUAAGAAGGGGAAGGUCUCCAUGUCUUCAGAUACUUCUGCUUUGGAUACAAACUCGCCAUGGAAGACAGUAAGAGUUGGUGAUGCUUGAAAAUUUUCUAUAACAUUACAAGGAUUAUUCCCAUUUUACCACAAUUUGGUCUUCUGAAGUCAAAAGGAAGAGUUUUCUGUUGAUGGUUGAUGAACAAAAGAUAUUAGUGGGAUCAGAUAAUGUUCAACACUUGUGGUUCUUGUGGUGUUCAAUUCUUGGAAGGACCUGUCGUUAGAUCAUUGAUCCAGACUGUCGUCUGUGGAGAAUGAUCUCUGCAAUGUGGUAAGGAUCAAAUACAUCUAUUUGAGCUGGAAAUGAAAUGGUCAGCCACCAACUGCUGAACUGGCUUCCAUCUGCUUAGCAGACUGGAUUCUUGCUAUCCAAUAUAGAUGGAGAUGCUGCCAGUGAAGAAGAAUGCAGACUCCAUAGAAGUAAUAGGCCAUUGUCUGAUCACCACUGUGCACCAAGGAAUCAGAUAGUAACAAGGACCUGACCAUAAUGAUUUAUUUGGUAUUUGGCAAACUAUUGACAUACAGUUCCUAAAGAGGGGCUACUUGUGCUUAGAACUGUACAGAUAACAAUCCAUCCCACUCUGGUUUUUACUGAUGAUGAGGCUGCCCAAUAAACAGAAGGGCCAUUUGUUAUCCUCUGACCUUUCAUCUUAUGGGGAAAAAGUUCACAACUGUGUCUCUUCCAUUUGAUGACAGCAGAAGAUGAGAAGAUGGAAGUUUUACUGGUACUGUGGGCAAGGGCACAUGUUUUGAUGAUGCUGCUAUGUAGACAGAGGCUUCAUUCUUCUACAAGGCUAAUCUACAUUGGUGAAAGCCAAAAUCUUCUCAAAGAUACUGUUUGAUCUUUAGGAAAAGCUAAAACUGGUUCUUUAAGAGUGAAACAUUCUUGGAACCCUGAUCACAUGAUACCAUUUUAACAUGGAGGUUUGAACUCAGCAUUUC